UUGCAAUUGCGAAAUUGGAUAAAGACUUAAUGGAGUAUACAAGACGAGAUACCAAAACCGCCGGUAUACCUGACUUCAAUUGCCAUAAAGUUGCAAUUGCGAAAUUGGAUAAAGACUUAAUGGAGUAUACAAGACGAGAUACCAAAACCGCCGGUAUACCUGACUUCAAUUGCCAUAAAGUUGCAAUUGCGAAAUUGGAUAAAGACUUAAUGGAGUAUACAAGACGAGAUACCAAAACCGCCGGUAUACCUGACUUCAAUUGCCAUAAAGUUGCAAUUGCGAAAUUGGAUAAAGACUUUACUUUAUUGUUGCCAAUUGAAGUCAAAAGGAAACAUAUCAUAAGGCUUAUUCGUGAUAAUCAUAUAGUCCGGUUCUUUAAACCAAUUCUAAUAACUGAUUAUAUUGGUUAA